CAGUGAGAGACUGAACGCGACCCCGCGCGUGCCGCGUCACCGUAGCGAUCGAAACUGUACACACUGUGUACAUAUAUCCUAUCCCCUACACACACACACACACAUAUAUACGCAUACUUAUGUACAUAUGCGCGCAUAUUUGUACACAAUCUCUAUUUUUGUACCGACGGUAAUUAGAUGACUCCUUUUGUAUCGCGGAAACACGUCCAACGGGAAGAGGAUUCGUUGUAUACAUAGGUACAUGCAUGGUGUAAAGUGGUAGAACCGGCAGAGUCCACCGUUAUCGAUGGGUAGGACGGAUAUGUCAAAAACGCUCAACGCUUAUAGAAUUAAAAAAAUUGAGAACAUAGGCAGAAUGACGGCGAUGACGCAGGAGGAGAUAAUUGCUGGAGCACGGACGAUCGCUCAGGGUCUGGAGGCUCUCCGGGUCGAGCAUGGUGGUCUGCUACAGGGUCUGCAGUCCCAGGACGCGCCAGCCGCUCGGGACAAGGCUAGUCUACUAUCUAAGAUCAUCGAGAUGAUCGACCUGGGCUUAGGCGAGGCGCAGGUAAUGCAGGCGCUGGUGAGUCACCUGCAAAUGGUGGAGGCAGAAAAGCAGAAACUGAGGACGCAGGUGAAGAGGCUGUGCCAGGAGAACGCCUGGCUCAGGGACGAGCUGGCCGGCACGCAACAAAAGUUGCAAGCGAGUGAGCAAGCCGUUGCUCAAUUGGAGGAAGAGAAGAAACAUUUAGAUUUUAUGGCCAGUAUGCGACAAUACGAUCCGGAUCCAUCAACAGAAGAUGAAAAUGCUAAGGAUCGACCGAAGGACGACCCCGUGGUGGAUCUCUUUCCUGAUGACGAUGCGGACGAUCGCAACAGCAAAUCUAUAUCUCCGACUCCGCCGUCACAGUUCGCUCAGCAAGUGAAUGCCGGUUACGAAAUACCUGCACGUCUACGUACCCUACACAACCUGGUGAUCCAGUAUGCGAGUCAAGGCCGUUACGAAGUGGCCGUCCCGCUGUGUAAACAAGCAUUGGAAGAUCUGGAGAAAACUUCUGGCCAUGAUCAUCCCGAUGUGGCAACCAUGCUCAACAUACUUGCUCUCGUAUACCGAGACCAGAACAAAUAUAAAGAAGCUGCGAACCUUUUGAACGACGCUCUGGCGAUUCGAGAGAAAACGUUGGGUGAAAAUCACCCCGCGGUAGCAGCGACGUUGAACAACCUCGCGGUGCUGUAUGGGAAACGAGGGAAGUAUAAGGAGGCUGAACCCCUGUGCAAACGAGCACUGGAGAUCCGCGAGAAGGUACUGGGUCGCGAUCAUCCGGAUGUGGCAAAGCAACUAAACAAUCUGGCACUGCUGUGUCAGAAUCAGGGCAAGUACGAGGAGGUGGAGCGCUACUAUCAGCGUGCACUCGAGAUCUAUGAGGCUAAACUAGGCCCGGACGAUCCAAAUGUUGCUAAAACGAAAAACAAUCUGGCAUCUUGUUACUUGAAGCAAGGAAAGUACAAGGAUGCCGAGGUACUGUACAAGCAGGUGCUCACUAGGGCGCAUGAGAGAGAGUUUGGUGCCAUCGAUGGUGACAACAAGCCUAUUUGGCAGGUGGCUGAAGAGAGAGAAGAGAAUAAGCAUAGGAACAAGGAAAACACACCAUAUGGCGAAUAUGGCGGUUGGCACAAGGCCGCGAAAGUGGAUUCCCCUACUGUCACAACUACCUUAAAGAACCUCGGCGCCCUUUAUCGAAGACAGGGUAAAUACGAAGCUGCAGAGACGCUCGAAGAUUGCGCCAUGAGAUCUCGAAGAGAGCACGUACAACAAGCAUUGGAAUUGGUGAACAAGGCACGAGUGGCACAGCUGCUGGGCGACGAAAAGAGCUCUACCAGACGUGGCUCGCGAUCCAGUCUGGCUAAUAGCGAACAUGAACAAAGUCACGAAGAGGACUGGAAAUACGCCUUUCGCGCGAAGUAAAGAGAACUACUAUUGAUGCGAACUACUAUUAGACUAUAAUCUAAAUGUGCGAAUGAUAAGACGAAAGGAGACUCUGCAUUGACCGAUGAUGACCAUUAUGUCUGGACGUCGUUCACAUACACGGCACACAUUCCAGCUGCUAUUCUCUAACGAAAAACGCACUGUAUGCGAGCUAGCUCAACGUUGCUGCUAGUUUCUCACUCGUAGCUUCAUGCGGUCAAUUUUACUACGGCGCGAAUUACUCUUUGCCAUGCUUCGAAUGUUAAUUUGAAUGAAUCUGAAAGAUAUCGAAUAAUCGAAUCAAAAUCCAAAAGGAUCAUGGUCAUUUGUCUCGUGUACAUCGGUAAAAUAUUGUGUGUACAUAUUAUUUAUUUAUUUCGGCAUUUUCUUCGAUAACAUUAUGAUGUGUUGUCUCUCUAGCCGGAGCUAGAGCUGAUCAGAAUCAAGUUAUAUAUUUGCACAUCAUUUGGUAUAAAUGUACUCCUACCCGGUUGCUCUUUACAUCGAUUAUUUUACUCAUUCGUGUAAUCAUCAAUACUCAUUUAUGCAUCAUACAUUUAUUAUUUGUAUUCGGCGUACGUACAUUUUUCAGGUAAAAUCCAUGUUUCUUUUCACCACGGUAAUUGAAGAAGUUUCUUAUACAAGGUAUCUUAAAAAUAAUUUUUUAAAUCUAAAUUUCAAGGAAUAAAUCUUUCGAAAAGAACUAUGGAAUUCUCUAGAUAACGUUUUUGUGUUCCUAAUGGUACAAAAAUUGUGUUUUUGCAAAUCGAAAUAUAAACUUGUGAAUAUCUGAGUAUACAUUUUUCAAUUUGUCAUAGAAGGAUUAUCGUUAACGACUUACAGCAAUGUUGCAGCCAAAAUUGUGAGCAUAAAAAUUGUUUAUUUCUUUAUCGAGCAGCUAUAAUAAUAAAAAAAGAUAAUAAAGACAUUCAAUUAAUUUAAGUAGGUUUACAUACAUGAUGCAUUCUUUUGCGUUGAAUUGCAUGCGAGCUAGUAAUGUGUGCAUAAUGCGUGUUUCUCAUAAUUUGCUAGCUUGUACGGAAUUUUAACGAAGAAAAAUGCACUUUCUGCCUAUACAGUUGUAGAUUAGAUGGUUGCAAUCUUUUUGUUUUUGAUGAAUUUCGGUACGCGUCAAAUCCUUGAGAUCGUCUUCGCGACUUUGACACGUUCCACAGUUCAUUAAGAAAACGAAUUUCAUAACUUUUCCGUCCGCAAGUGUACGCGUAGUUGGCAUCAAAAAGACUGAUAUUUUAAAUUACAGCAUUUGAUAUUCAACAGGAAAAUGUUUUCUUUGGGAAUGAAAGUACUGAUAGAACAUAAAAAUUUUAUAUUGAAGUUUUUUAUUUAGCAACAAUUCGUUGCCUUUUCAUCUUUGCAACUUGUAUCAUUGCGUGACUCAAAUCAACUUCGAUUAACAUUGCUUCGAGUUGAGAGACAGAGGAGCGGAAAACGUAGGUCUAAGCCAAAUUCUAAUUGUUAAAUUAUAUACAAAUAUAGCUUGAUAAAUGUAUAUAUUUUUCGCGUUUAGUUAUGUAAAAAUGUAUUUGAAAUAUAUUUGAUCUAAAUGUUGUUGAAAGUUAUAUCAGUAGAAAAAUACUAAUAGAAUAGAAAAAUGUUUCCCUUUCCUUUUUCUCAAAUGUAUUUUGAAAGUCGUGAAAAGAAACUUAAAACUUAGUCUUUUUAAUGCCAACUGCACACUUACGAGUUUUAAACAUCAAAAUAAAACUUAGUUUGUAACAUAUCACUUCUCUUUAUUAUUAUGUGUCUUGUUAUUCUUCGGUCUCUAUCAAUUUGAGAAAUAAAUAAUUUACAAUCUUUUUUUUAAUUUUAAGCGAGAAAAUUAUGUUAGUGUCUUACACUAUUUAUUGUUUUGUGUUUUUGUUGAAAUUUCGAAAUGCACGAAAGAAGUUAAGCAGCAAGCAAAUUGACGAAUUAUAACUUUCUUAGACUUAUCAUUCAAUUUCCUAUUCUCGAAAAUAUUCGACUACGCAUUAUACAAAACACUGUAAAAUAAUGGAAACUAUAUACAUGAUCGACACUACGCAAUAUUUUAUGGCUUCAAUAUCGGGUUUACACAUUUAAUUCACAAGUCUCGUAAUCUAAUGCGAGAGAAAAGAAAAAUAUCGAAUGUUUACUUACUUGAAAAACUUAAUCUUUUUAUUAAAAAACUUUUACCUAUUUGUUUAUCACUUUCAAUGUUCUACAUUUCACUUUGUCUUCAUGUCUAUGAUAGUUCCAAUUUGUGUGCCUGAGAGCUGAAGGGCCUAAAUUUUCUGUUAAUUUAAUUAAAUUUAACAAACAUGUAUCAUCAGCAGGCUCCAUUAGGUUUCAUACGUCAUAAGAUUAAAUUUUAUUUAUAGGGAAGUGGUUUUGAAAUUUUAAAAAAGAUUAAAAUCUUAAUAAAUUUACAGAGAUUUCAUGAUAUUCAAAGCUUAAAAUGGUGUCUGUUGAGGCUUGAAUGCUUUUUCUGCAAGCGGAAUUUAACAUUACUUUUAAUAAAAUUACAAAUUAAGAAAAGAUAUAUUAGUCAAACCGAUCUAAUAAAUUCAAAAUGCAUCUUAUGAAAUGAUCUAAUGUAUGCUUUUUUAUAUUAUUUUAGGAUUUAUAUACAUAUAAUGUUUUGGUAUAAUUAUGAGAAUAAUAAAAUGGCAAGGAGAAUUGA